AUGCCCAACCGCCUCGCAGGCAAGACCGCCCUAAUCACCGGCGCCUCGUCGGGCCUUGGUCGCGCCAUCGCGCUGUCUUAUGCUCAAGAGGGAGCACGCGUGGCCUGCGUCGAUUUAUUUCCCACUCUGCGCGACGAGAAAGAUCCCGCUACCGGAAAGGCGAAGCUAGUCACCGAACGACUGGCGGCCUCUUCCGCUGCCGUGCCCACGCACGAGCUGCUGCGCCAAGCUCAUCCCGGCAGCGAUGCCAUUUUCGUCCAGGCCGACCUCACUGUCGCUGCCGACGUAGAGCACGCCGUCGCUCAGUGCGUCGAGGUCUUCGGUCGCCUUGACAUCAUGGUAAACAAUGCUGGCAUCAGCGUCGAAAGCAGCCACCCUCGCGUGUUGCGCUGUCACGAGACACCCGAGGCUGAUUACGAUAAGACCAUGGCCAUCAACACCAAGGGGGUGUUCCUGGGUUGCAAGUACGCGCUUGCGCAGAUGCUCGACCAGGAACCAUUGGAGGGGCAGAACGGGGACAAGGGCUGGAUUGUCAACACUGCGAGCAUUCAGGGGCUGUUGGCGUACCACGGCACGCCCGCUUAUUGCGCGUCGAAAGGCGCCGUCGUGCAACUGACCAAGCAGAUCGCGCUGGACUACGCGAAGGACAGGAUUCAUUGCAACUGCAUCUGCCCCGGCUUCCUCCGCACUGCAAUGACGGCGAACCACCAGAGCAGCCCCGCAGCGCAGGCUAAAGUCGACGAGGCACAUCCAUUUGGCGGCAUGGGCGAGCCAGAAGAUGCGGCGAGGGCGGCUGUCUUCCUGGCGAGCGAUGAUGUUCGUUGGAUUACCGGUCAGCCGAUCGUCGUUGAUGGUGGGUAUAGCAUUCAAUAG